AUCUAACUAAACGCGCCUCAUGGAUUUUGACGAUCGGAUGGCUACUUGACUGUGUUCGACAAUAGUAAUGAAAAUGUAUUCUGCACUUUGUUUACGAGGAUAGCGCGGAUGUGAAUUUCAUGACAAGUACUCUUCCUUGCUAACUGCUCUGAAAUGCACCGCAUCGGGCACCGCGCGGCCGACGGCGCCCAGGGCGCCCAGGCGGCGCAGGCCCAGGCGGCGCAGAGCGGCUCCAAGAUCGCCGGCAUGUACGACCUGCUGGAGACGCUGGGCCGCGGACACUUCGCCGUCGUCAAGCUGGCCCGCCACGUCUUCACCGGCGAGAAGGUGGCCGUCAAAGUCAUUGACAAGAACAAACUGGACGAUGUGUCGAGAGCCCAUCUGUACCAGGAGGUUCGCUGUAUGAAACUUGUUCAGCACCCAAAUGUUGUCCGCUUGUAUGAAGUGAUUGAUACAAACACCAAACUGUACCUGAUUUUGGAACUGGGAGAUGGAGGGGAUCUUUAUGACUAUAUAAUGCGACAUGAAGGAAGAGGGCUUGAUGAAGAAACAGCGCGUAACUACUUUAGGCAAAUUGUUCGAGCCAUAGAUUACUGCCAUCGUCUGCAUGUGGUUCAUCGAGACUUAAAACCUGAAAAUGUUGUCUUCUUUGAGACCUUGGGUGUAGUAAAACUGACUGACUUUGGCUUUAGUAAUCGGUUCUGUCCUGGGCAAAAAUUAGAAACUUCAUGUGGAUCACUUGCUUAUUCCGCUCCAGAAAUUUUACUUGGUGAUUCCUAUGAUGCACCUGCUGUUGAUGUAUGGUCCUUGGGUGUUAUUUUGUACAUGUUAGUUUGUGGUCAAGCUCCUUUUCAAGAAGCAAAUGAUAGUGAAACUUUGACAAUGAUCAUGGACUGUAAAUACACAGUUCCAGUGCAUGUCUCAGACACUUGCAAACGGUUGAUUGCUCAAAUGUUAGUCAGACAGCCAGAAAAGAGAGCAACAUUAGAAGAAAUAUCUCAAAACCCCUGGCUUGCUUUGGAUGAAGAAGAGGCAGAACCUCAAGCGGAAUUAUUGCCAUUGGUGUCUCAUGAACAAGUUUCUGAAGAAGAUCACACUACCAUCAUCCAGAAAAUGGCCAAUGGCAAUAUAGCAACUAAAGAAGAAAUCAUGGAAGCUUUAGACAAGAAUGAGUACAACUAUAUUACAGCAACAUAUUUCCUUUUGGCUGAACGGCGUCUCAAGCAAGUGCGGCAAGCUACUCUUCCAAAGCGGCCUUUAUCUCGUCUUAAAGUUUCGAACAAUGUUCCAAUCAAUAACGCCCCGCUAGUGAGUGUCUCCCCUGUGGUAGAGGGCGAGCUGGAGUCCCCGAUAAGCUCUGUGAACCCUUCAUUGCUUGCUUCGCCCUGUGCAGUCGGUGAUGUCCCUGGCCAGAACUUCCGGUCAAGAAAGUGCAGCAUCGUUGCCGAGGAAGAAGAUGAAGAAGAUGAUGACAUAGUUGCAGGGAGUGGUUCAGAGGACAUGGCAUCGGCCUGCUCCCUCAACCGGCGGGGGUCUCGUUCUGAAGGCAAGCUGAGCGCGCUGGUGAAGGACCGCCUCGCCGAAGCGGAGAGGCGUAAGGACUCGCUGAUAGGGACAGCCUCGCAGCCAAUGGAGGACACGAAGCCGCGGACUUCCAUUACGAUGGAGUCCACCACCACCGUGCUCGUGCCCGCGUCCCAGAACGCGUCCUCGACGCCCUGCGUGUCCCCGAGGUACAAGAACCUGCCUUCGCCCGCGCAGUCACUGCGGUCGUCCGGCACGCUGCUCAACGAGAUCUUCGAGGAGGGCGAGGGGGGCUUCCGGACGGUGGACAGUCUGAACGAGGCGCCCGUCAUGCUGCCCUCGUCCCGGACGGGCCCGGGCCGCGUCAGCCCGCGCACCAUGGGCUACGACCAGCGGCGCAGCAAGUUCCACAAGACGAGGACGGCGUCCUGCAGCUCCUCGGACGCCAGCGACGACGAUAGCGAGAGCCGCAAGAAGCGCGCGCACAAACUGAAGAACUUCAAAAACCCUCCGCGCAGAGACUCCUACGAUGACUCUAGUGACUCGCAGGACCCUGGAGGCGGGGGCGGCGGCGGAGGCGGUGGGGGCGGUGGAAGUGUUGGGAGUGGCUCUGUCGGAGACGGUGGCUCCCAAGACCAGCAGACUGGAGGCGGGGGCGGCGGCGGCAGCGGCGGGGGAAGUAGCGGCGGUGGCGGCGGUAGUGGAAGCGGCGGCGGCGGAGCGUCGGAGACUGGCUCCGGGGGUGGCAGUGCCGGGGGCGGCGGGGGCGGCGGCAGCGGCGGGGGCUCGGGGCAGGGUCACAGAGUUGGGCGCAGACGAGCCCGUGAGACGAGACUACGUGAAAGCCAGUCCCUGAACCGCAUCACUGAGGUGCAGGAGGCCGAGCUAGCCGUCCUGGCCGUCCCCCACUCCAGUGCAGCCGCCGCCACCAAUGCGGGCACUUCCAAGGCCAGGAGUUUCGGGACGCGGAUUCUGCAAGGCCUGAACCUCAAGUCAACCUCGACGCCAGUCUCUGCUGCGAGUGCGGGACCUGGCACCCCCCGGGAAGACCAGCCCAAACCCCCACCAUCACCUCAGCCGAAGCCUUUGGAAACCACUCGCACCAACGCAGGGUCCAGAGGGGUGGUCUCUAAGCAGCAGGCCGUUACAGAAAAGGAAAAUGUAUGUAACGUCAGCAAAACCUUAACGAGCAAAAGCAGUACAGGUAAGAAAAUACGGCUGUUGGGGCGUUAUUUCCAGAUGCACCGCAAACUUUGUCUUCCACUGUUUGGUCGUGGGCGUCUGUACAAGGCACAAAGUUGUAGUUCUCUAACACGGGAUCGUGUAGCAGCACCUAGUGAUAUUAACCAAAAUUUGGGGUUGCAUGCAACUGCUACUGCAGUAAGUGAGGUUUGUGCAGGUAUUGGCUUCUGUCAAAUUCAUCUUGGGGACUCCUCAAAGUGCUGCAGUCUUUGUUGACUUACAUUACAUUUUUGGGACAAUCCUUUUUAAUUUGGUAUAGCAGUAUCCUUCUUAUGUACCUUAAUGUUUAUUUAUCAUGUUAAAAAUAUUGAUUUUGUCUGGUGCACAAUCCCAUGCUUGUCACAGGGAAAUCGGCUCAUUAAGGUUGUGCCUUUUAUCAUCAUCUUUUUUGUCAUGUGUAUGUUUACCAAUUUGGUCUUAAACAUUUAAGAAGUUGAAGUUUUGCUGUUGCCACUGCCUCUCUUGCUCUUGACUGAUGUUUUGUCUUUGUCUGGCGACUGCAAAAUGAAUGAGAAGAAAGACUCCACCAGCUUUCCCCUCUGUGAUAAAUUGUUGCAUUGCUGUGUGUGAAUGAAGUUGCAUCACUUUUAUUUGUUGGCUUUUUGUUGCUUUGUUCUUUCUCGUAAUUUGAAGAGCAAACCCCCAUGUUUUUGCCCAAAACCUGUCAAAACCCUUGUCAACUUUUCUUCUUUCAAAUUAAAUGAGAGAGUGGAAGUUUUUGCAUUAAUUCCAAGUCAGAGGAUGGCUUUUAUUCAGGGUUUGUUUGCUCUAUCAAAAAAAAAAGAAAAAAAAAAAAGAUUACUGCAUCUUCACCAGCUUAACCACUGCUCUUAGUGGACUCUGCUUUCUAUUCACCAACAAUGCAGUACUACUUUUUUGUUGGUUUAAGUAUGACUAAGGGGGUGACAUCCAAAGAGCACUUUAAAAGUGUCAUAUUUAUACUUCUGCUUUUUACUCUUUUCCCCCUUUUUACUUCAACUGACUGUAUGUUACAUGAAUUUACUAUACUAUUUAUUUCAAUUAGCUUUUUUGUUUUGUUUUUUUAUGAAACUUGUUAAAUAUAAAUAGUUUUUUUCUGUUCAUAAUGUGAUUUAAUUUUCUUUAUUGACAUGAUACUAUAUAUUAUGUGUAGUUUUAUGUACAGUUUUUAAAAUUACAUUGUCUGUGUAUAUGUCGACUGUUACCUUAGGUACCUUAUGUAAGUUUCAAAAUUUAUACACAAGACAUUUACUUUUGUUGGCUGAUUGUUUGAAAUUGUAGAGUUAGUUUUUGCAAUGUGCAGAUUGUUCCACCCUCCAUCCCAUAACGUCAAAGUCUCUGAUCUAAAGUGAGUGUAGAAAUUAGAAUUGUGUAACCUCCUGCUGGCCAGGAUGGCUUUUUAAUUUAUUAAAUCAUAGUAAUAAUGUGCAAUAAGCUGUUUACUAUACUAAAGUCAUCUCUUUGUACUAUGGGCAGCCAUAGUAUUUUUUAAUGUAUUGGAUGGAUACAUAUGCUGUAUCUCCUCCUCGUAUCGUUUAGGUGUUGCAUUUUAACUAUAUCUAUCCAACCCGACCCUAUGGAUAUCAAUCUAUAUUUCGUUUUCUUCUUUUGCUCCACGACUGAGGUAUUUUUUUUAUGUAGUUAUUAUUGAAUUUGUUCUGUCUGAAGGUUAAAGUCUGCCCCUGUUAUUAGUUAUUUUAUACCAAUUUUAUGAAACGCAAUGAUCGGCUAGCAUAUCUACGGAGUAUAGUUUCCUGGGAUAACAAUAUGGCUUAAAUUUGUGGUCAACAUGAUAAAUCUAAAAGAUUUCAUUAGAAUCACAAUAUACCCAGCUUAGUUGUGAGUUGACAAAUCACAUUUUGAUCAUUUACAGUUUGAUCACAACAAAUGUAUGCAAUCAUGCACUACAUCGUACAAUGUAAGCUCUUUCCUAAAAUAUGAAUCAAUCAUCAAUCAAAGAGUAGCUCUUGAUACAUUUUGUAAAGACUGAUUUUGUUUACCUUACAUUUAUCAAUACUGCUAUUGGGAUUCGCAGUACUUUUAAAUUGCAGAAGCCUGUCUCUUCUUGUUUGUCUCUUGCAUGUUGAACUUUGAUAAUAAUGUGUUGCUGCUUUGUGUUCUGUUAUGCAUUGGCUUCUGUCAAUAGUUUCGAUCACCAUUAUCAUCAUAUUUUAUUUUGCCUAUCCUUGAGCUUCAAACUUGCUUAGACUUUUUUAAUACUAACUAAAGAUCCACUAUGAUUUCUUUUUCUCUUCAUUUGAGUCAUCAGGAUGUUGUUAUGAUAUAGUAACUAUCACAUUACUGUGAAUUAAAGGUUGGGUGUAGCUGUAUGUGUGUGUGUUGUCCAGCCUUUGUAGUUGUAGUUCCAGGCUAUUUCCUGACUACUUUAUAGUGUUUCUUUCUUGCCAAAGUUUGGUUGUGCUCUUGCUUUUUGGCUCAAAGUUAUUUGUAGGUUUAGGAUUGUAUGUAGCAGCAAGUGUCUUGAGCUUAACUGUUGGUCCGUUACAAUUGUUCCUUAACUGGCAUGUGAUUACAUGAUGUUACUUUUCAGGUGGCAGAUGUGAAGGGCCCAUGGUGAAGGCUUUCAGCUACACAAUCCCCGACAUCUGUGGCUGCACAACUUAGAUCUGCCUCUAGUUUUUUGUGUCAAUUGAAUGAUAUUGUGGUGCCUGCAUGCAUGCAUCCUUGCUGCAUGCUUGCAUUUUGCCUCGGUUUACCUUGUGUAUUUGUUGUUGUUGUUUUUCAAGCAAGCAUCUAGAUGUCAAUAUUAUUUAUGUACCGUAGGAAACAGAGCGGCACAUUGUACUAUCAUUUUGUGAGACUGUCUUACUCUCUUGAUUUCUUGUUGAUCUUUUAAUCCAGAACUUUUACUCCCAAAUUAGAAGAUGGUCUUAAUUAUGACCUCUUAGCAACAAAAUUUUAGACAGGACUAAAAAGAAAAUACGAAGUACAAUUCUACAUUUCUUGAUUUGUUAAAAUAUUCGUGUAGUUCGUGAACUGGUGGUACAGUAAUUGGUUGGUUAAAAACCUAUUAUUCGUUUUUUUUUGUUUUGUUUUUUUGCUACACUCUAUUAUUGUUUUAACCAAAACUGAAAAAAAAAGUUAAAAUGAGUUAUGUACUAAAUGAAUGCAUUUCCUGAUUACUUAAUACUAGUUACAUUUUCUGUUUUCUUCAUGCUUAAACUCUACUGUUUAUGAAUGUUUGUACUCUGUGACAUUGACAAGUUAUCAUUGGUCUCACGCACAAUGAUUUCUAAAUACUUGGUCCACCAUAGAUAGAGGAGGUAAUUUUGCAGAAGAAAAAAUUAAAGGAAUGUCAAAUGAUUAUUUGUAAAUCAAGGAGAGCAUGAACUGAUGCAUGUGGAGAUGAAAUACAUUAUGGAACCCAAUCAUGAUCAGAAAGCUAGAAAGAAGUUACUUUCUAAACAAAACCUUUUGGAGGGAAACAUUUUCACAUUGCAAGUAUAUUGUGUUGUUUAUGCUUUCUCCAAAAUCUCCUAAUGCCCUAAUUAGUUCGAUGAAAAUUCCAAUACUUGUACAUUUACCUGAUUUUAAUGUGCGCAGGACGCAUAGUUAUACAUUAGUAUGGUGUUAUCAGUGGUGUAAAUACUAUCCAUUUAGAAAAUGCGAUGCUUCUUUGUGUAUUAGUGUCUUUGUAUUAAUUGUGUAAAUGAUGUAGAUAAUGAAUUGUAGGCAAACUGUGAAACCAAAGCUAUUGAAUCCAAGAAUUUUUACCCCACAACUCAGAUUUACAAUGAGAACUGAUUUUUAAAAGAUCAGGUAAUCCUAAUCUAUUAUUGUGAAUAGUAAUUAAUACAAAUCAUUCUGAUGUUCCCAAAGCAACAUUUGUAAUUGAUUAAAUUCAGUCACGAAACUAUAGUUUAUGAAAUGUUUCAUAUGAGAUGAGAGCAUGUAUUUAUUGUUAUCAGCACAGUGAUUCUUAAAAUUUUUCCUUCUAUUUCAGAGGGUCAUAAUAAAGUGCAAUGCAUGUGACUCAAA